AUGCAUCCCCUUCUGCGUUCUGGCUUGCGGACCUAUGCCACGUCCACAACCGAAGCCUCCAGCGUCGAAGAUCCCUCCCACGCAGAGGCGCUUCGUUUCUCCGAUGAAGGAACCACGUUUCUCGAGAACGGGCAGGUCGACAAGGCAAAGGACGCAUACAAGAAAUCAAUAGAGGUCAAGGAGACAUCCACCGCUUUAUUCAACCUCGGUGUAUGCUACUAUCACGAACAGGACCUUCCUAAUGCGAUCAAGAGCUGGGAGGACUCACUGCGAAUCUCCCCCAAUUCUUCGGAUACGCACACCAAUUUGGCAUCGGCUUAUGCACUCAGUUCGCCCAGCCGACCCGAUCUGGCAGUCAAACAUCUCAAGACCGCCGCCUCCAUCUCACCGUCCGACCCUGAGAUUCAGUACAACCUUGCAGCCGUGCUUGAAGCAGUGGAACAGCUUGAAGAAGCGUUGAUCGCCUACAAGCGCGCCUUUGACGGCGGGAUCGAAAGAGCGAGUCAGAACAUUCGCAAUGUCAAUGCGAAGAUUCUCAGCGCUAGACUGUUGGCCGAGGCGAAUGAGUCUCAAACCUCUCCCUCUUCGUCGUAA